AUGAACACAUACGAAGAAUUGGCAAUGAACACCAUGUUUGGAACAUACGCAUGGAACGCGUCCCCAGUAGAUGGCACGGAUAUCCAACGAGCGUUUGCAGCAGUGGCACGACACUUCAAAUUCCCACUAGACAACGCAGCAGUGGCAUUGUCAAUAUCGGAGGCGCGUCAGAAAAACAGGACACGACACCAGCAAACGCCAGGACAGAACACAUUAGAGCACAUCGAGACAAUGUUCCCACUCUUCUGGAGACAAAAGGAACUGCUUAAACUUCUCAAUGAGGAACGAAGGGAACACACCGAAGGCUCAAGAAUCAAACCAGAACGCGACGGAAAUUUGAAAUUGGAGACAUUGUCAUGGUGCGGAAACAAGUGCAAUCAAACGCCUCUGCAGGAAUACCAGCAAAACUGGUGCUACAAACAAAAGGACCUUAUAGAGUCAUUGAGAAAGCGUCAGAAGACUCGUAUAGACUACAAAAGAUCCCAGGGACAAGCACCAUGCUAA